UUCACCUCCGUCACAGCACCCUUUAACUCAAGACUCUGGGGAAGCCGUGUCUAUUCCGCCAACGUGGCCUCACCUUCCUCCUCAACCGACUCUGUCAGCGCUAUAGAUCUACACUCUCUUUUCCAUCUCGAUACCCCUCCAAUCACGAAGUGGGGCAUACAAGUUAUUUGUUGCACCAGUCCACAAGAUGAGCGCUACGGUACCGAGGAACUUCAGGCUACUGGAGGAGCUGGAGAACGGCGAGAAGGGUUUGGGAGCAGAGACGUGUUCAUAUGGUCUCGAGAACGGCGAUGACUUGCUCAUGUCGGACUGGAAUGGUACGAUUCUAGGCCCGCCUCACAGUGUCCAUGAGAACCGCAUCUACACCCUCAAGAUCCACUGCGGCCCCCAAUACCCCGACGUCCCUCCAGAGAUUUCAUUCAUCUCCAAGAUCAACCUCCCUUGCGUAGACCAGAGGAACGGAAAGGUCGAUGCUUCAAAGCUACCGUGCCUGGUGCAAUGGAAGCGCGAGUUCACCAUGGAGACCAUUCUCAGCGAGCUUAGGAGGUACAUGGCUUUGCCCCAGCAUAAGAAGCUUCCGCAGCCAGCUGAGGGCGCUACAUAUGAUUGAGAUGAUAGAGGAAUACCACAAUACUAAGAUGUGGUUGCGGUAAGGUAUCAGACGGAUGAUGGGCUCUCAGGACAUUGCGUGGUGGACAACGACUCAGAAUGACUGAAUGUAGCGUGCUUUGGACAAUUCGGAGCCUAUACGGUAGCAUUGGUAUGGUGUUACGGACUCUGCAGUCUUUUAUGAGCUUAGGUGUUCUCUAGGAAGUGAAUCGAUGGCUCUCAUAUUACUCUGAAUCGAAAUGUGUUGGAAAUGAGGGAAGUUCCGGCCUACUUUCCCAGUAUUAUGAUACAAGUUCAAG